AAAGAGAGAGAUUUUGAGAUAGCACAAAAGAGGGAAAAAGCCAAUGCAAGAGGAAGAAGAAGAAGAAGCUAAAUCUCUUUCUCGUUUCUUUGAAUCUGUAUAUGGCGCUUUCUGGAACUUUGCAGCUUACUUCUGAUUACGUUCCUGGUUAUGGAGUUUCAGAUAGCAGGAGCUUCUCUAACUCUGCUGUGUCUAGAAGAACACUUGCCAUAUUACCUUGCUCUUCCUGUCUGGUUCACAAACUUCACAUCAAGAAUAAACAUCUAAAAUCAGCCCCUAACAAAAUUUCAUUUGUGUGCCGAGCAAGUUCUUCUGGCCAUAGGAGAAAUAAUCCUGAUUUCUCAAGAAACAAUAAGCAUGGAUUCCGAGGAGGCAGAAACAGGCGAAACGAAGAUAGAGACGGUUUGGACGGUGGUGGUGGUCUUGAAGACUCUGAAAUGUUGUCUUCCAAAAACGGUCCUAUGUUCUCUCUAUCCAAUUCCCCGAAAUUCCAGGCUACUUCAUCGCCUGGACCAAGAGAGAAAGAGAUUGUGGAUCUUUUCAGGAAAGUCCAAGCUCAGCUCCGAGCUCGAGCUGCUGCUAAGAAAGAAGAGAAGAAAACUGAAGAAGCUUCUAAAGGACAAGGGGGAAAAGAGAGCGAGACAGUAGACUCUCUACUUAAGUUACUGAGAAAGCACUCAGGAGAACAAAGCAAGAAGAAAGUUAGCAAUUUUACUUCUGAGAAGCAGCUACAGGAAGAUGAUGAUGCUGCAGAAAGACAAGAUCACAGUUCCAAUCAUUUCGAUUCGCGAAAUAAAGAUCGCAAUGCAACUCCCUUUACCAGGCCAGCGUCGAGUUUCAGACGCAACUCGCCUGUACCGAGACAUAAAUCUCCGUCAAGUUAUUCUGGUGAGGCCAUGUUUGACGAGGCAUCAAGUUACAGCGUGACUUGGACUCAGAAAAAGGAUCAAGUAGAGUCGCGUGAUGAACCUGAAUAUGAGCCUGAGUAUGAACCUGAAGAAUCUGAACCAAGACUCACCCUUUUUGGACCUGAAGAAUCUGAAGAACCUGAAGAAUCUGAACCAAGACUCACCCUUUUCGAAUCAGAGCCAAAGCUGAAACCAGAGUCAUUUUUUCUAGAGGAAGAUGAAUUAUCAGAUGAUGAUGAUGAUGAUGAUGAGCCUAUCAAUGCCGAGGAAGAAACUGCGAAAGACGAGGAUUUGAGUGCACUGAAGUUGAUAGAACUUAGAGCCAUAGCAAAAUCAAGGGGUCUUAAAGGGAUUUCAAAGAUGAAGAAAGCUGACCUUGUGAAUUUGCUGGCAAAUAAAGCCUGAUGAUCGGAAUGAACAUGAACAUUGCUUUAGUUUUUUUUGAUACAGCCGAUGAAUCUCAAGUAUUUGCUUCAUUAAUAAUCUUGAAUCU